AACAGCGGGCUGGGGCAGCCACUGCUUACUCUGAAGAGGGAGGACUGAGAGGAGUGUGUGUGUGUGUGUGUGUGUGUGUGUGUGUGUGUGUGUGUGUUUCAGUGGUGGUGAAGGGGGUGCUCCCAGGGCCAGCCCUGAACUCGCUGGACAGAGCUACAGUCCCAUGGGGCCUGGCAGCGCCCACUGAGAGGGAGAAGACAACAGAGGGGUUGCCAAGGCACCCUCCAAACCCCAGAUCAUGUCUCUGUGGGACCUGGUUUCCAAGAUGCCCCCAGAGAAAUUGCAGCGGCUUUACAUUGACUUUCCUCAACACCUGCGGCAUCUUCUGGGGGACUGGCUAGAGAACCAACCCUGGGAGUUCCUGGUUGGCUCCGACACUUUCUGCCACAACAUGGCCAGUGCAUUGCUGUCUGCCACCGUGCAGCGCCUGCAGACCUCCACUGGAGAGCAGGGCGAGGGGAGCACGCUCCUGCAGCACAUCAGCACUCUGGAGAGCAUAUAUCAGCGGGACCCCCUGAAGCUGGUAGCUACUUUCAGACAAAUACUUCAAGGAGAGAAAAAAGCUAUUAUGGAACAGUUCCGUCACCUGCCAAUGCCCUUUCACUGGAAGCAGGAAGAGCUCAAGUUUAGCACAAUCCUGCAGAGACUGAAGCACCACGUGGGGGAAACCCGCCUUCUCCGAGAAGCCCUGCAGCAGCAGGCUGAGGCUGGCCAAGUGUCCCUGCACAGCUUGAUAGAAACUUCUGCCAAUGGGACUGGGCCAAGUAAGGACCUGGCCACACUGCUGCAGGAGAACGUGGGGGAGCUGGAGGCUGCCCAGGUGCUGGUGCUGAAAAGGAUCCAGAUUUGGAAACGGCAACAGCAGCUGGCAGGGAACGGCGCGCCCUUUGAGGAGAGCCUGGCACCGCUACAGGAGAGGUGUGAGAGCCUGGUGGACAUUUAUUCCCAGUUGCAGCAGGAAGUGGGGGCUGCUGGUGGGGAGCUUGAGCCCAAGACCCGGGCCUCAUUGAUUAAGCGGCUGGAUGAAGUCCUUCGAGCCCUGGUCACCAGCUCUUUCCUGGUGGAGAAGCAGCCCCCUCAGGUUCUGAAGACUCAGACCAAGUUUCAGGCUGGGGUCCGGUUCCUGCUGGGUCUUAGGUUCCUGGGGUCUGCAACCAAGCCUCCUCUGGUCAGGGCGGACAUGGUGACCGAGAAGCAGGCGAGGGAGCUCAGCAUGCCCCAGGGACCGGGGGCUGGAACAGAAAGCACUGGAGAAAUCAUCAACCACACAGUGCCACUGGAGAAUAGUAUCCCCGGGAACUGCUGCUCUGCCCUCUUCAAGAACUUGCUCCUGAAGAAAAUCAAGCGUUGUGAGAGAAAGGGCACUGAGUCUGUCACCGAGGAGAAGUGUGCUGUGCUCUUCUCCACCAGUUUCACACUGGGGCCCAGCAAGCUCCCCAUCCAACUACAGGCCCUGUCUCUGCCCCUGGUGGUCAUCGUCCAUGGCAACCAAGACAACAAUGCCAAAGCUACCAUCCUGUGGGACAAUGCCUUCUCUGAAAUGGACCGUGUGCCCUUUGUGGUGGCUGAGCGAGUGCCCUGGGAGAAGAUGUGUGAAACUCUGAACCUCAAGUUCAUGGCCGAGGUGGGGACCAACCAGGGGCUGCUCCCUGAGCACUUCCUCUUCCUGGCUCAGAAGAUCUUCAGUGAUAACAGCCUCAGCAUGGAGGCCUUCCAGCACCGUUCUGUGUCCUGGUCACAGUUCAACAAGGAGAUCCUGCUUGGUCGUGGCUUCACCUUCUGGCAGUGGUUCGAUGGGGUCCUGGACCUCACCAAACGCUGUCUCCGGAGCUACUGGUCCGAUCGGCUGAUCAUUGGUUUCAUCAGCAAGCAGUAUGUCACUAACCUCCUCCUCAACGAGCCAGACGGGACCUUCCUCCUUCGCUUCAGUGACUCGGAGAUCGGUGGCAUCACCAUUGCGCAUGUCAUCAGGGGCCAGGAUGGCUCCCCACAGAUAGAGAACAUCCAGCCAUUCUCAGCCAAAGACCUAUCCAUUCGCUCACUGGGGGACCGAAUCCGAGACCUUGCUCAACUAAAAAACCUCUAUCCCAAGAAACCCAAGGACGAAGCUUUCCGGAGCCACUACAAGCCUGAACAGAUGGGUAAGGACGGCAGGGGUUACGUCCCAGCGACCAUCAAGAUGACCGUGGAAAGGGACCAGCCACUUCCUGCUCCAGAGUCCCAUAUGGCUGCCAUGCUGUCCACCUAUGAGCUUGGAAUGGCCCGUGAUCCCUCCUUAAAUAUGCCGAUCUGCCCAGACAUGGUGCCCCAGGUAUACCCACAACACUCUCACUCCAUCCCCUCUUAUCCAGCCCUCCCCCCUGAGGAACCAGUCAGUGUGUUGUCAGCCUUCUCAGAACCUCACCUGUCGAUGACCCCCAACAUAAGCCAGAUGACCCUGCCCUUUGAACAGCCUCACCCCCACCCGGGCAGGGGCCUGAUGCCUUGCCAGCCUCGGGAGCAUGCUGUAUCCAGCUCUGAGUCCCUGCUCUGCUCAGAUGUGACCAUGGCAGAAGACAGCUGCCUGAGUCAGCCAGUGGGGGGGUUUCCUCAGGGCACCUGGGCUGGAGAGGACAUGUUCCCGCCCUUGCUCCCUCCCACGGAACAGGACCUCACCAAGCUUCUCCUGGAAGGGCAAGGGGAGUCAGGGGGUAGGUCCUCAGGAGCCCAGCCUCUUCUGCAGCCCUCCCCCUAUGGGCAGCCUGGGAUCUCAAUGUCCCACCUGGACCUAAGGGCCAACCCCAGUUGGUGAUGGUGGCUGGAAUGGGGAAUCCAGACAAACAGCUCUUCUGCCCCUACGACUGUUCUGGACAUUUGCCUGUACUCCUGCCAAGCAGCAGAUGGGGAGAUGUCCUCCUAGCCCCACCUGGUCAGGAGAAAGACUGCCAGGAGACAGUGGGUGGAGCUUAUCCACUCCUGCCCUCCCACCACACUCUUGCUCUCCCUCCUUCCUCUGGGAAGGGAAAUUCAAGUUGCACCUGAGACACACCCUAACGCGCCUGCACACGCAAAUACACACACACACCCUCACUUUCUGAAGGACUGGACUAAAUGACUAGAGGCUGGGCAACAGCACAGGGCAGGGCAGGCUUCCUUUCCAUCCAAGGCCCAGGGGACACCUGUAGAAACAGGUAGACAUAUGUGCACAUUUGCACUAGCAACUGGGAGUGGAACCCCUUGAGCUGGGUUGUGGGGUGCAGGAAAUGGGAAGCAGGUCCGACCUUGGGGCAGGAAGAAUGCCACAUCCAUUUGCUGUGGGAUUUGUCCAGAUUAAAAACAUGUUCCAAACA